AUGACGGCGGGAACUGUCGUAGUCUACCUCUACCUUGUGUCAUUGUCACAACUUUUUCGUGUCAGUAUAUCCGAAACCCGAAAUGUACUUGUAUCAAACCUAAAAGCAGAUGAAAUCAUCGAAACUAUCCCGCGUAGCACGACCACACACUGCAGAGCUAUUGAAAAGAGGACUCUGAGCAACCCUAAACCACGAAAGACGAAUUUCAUCUUUUUACAAAAGCUAUUCAUAGCAAUAAUGGAAGACGUUUCAUCCUGUAUUCAAUACAGGGGCCGUCUUGUUAUGGUAAAGAUUCUUUUCUGAAACCAGAGAACUUUGCAAUUUGGAUGGUCGGACGGAAACCGGAAUUCGACGUUGCCAGCUAUACCUUCUGUCGGCCAGACCGAUUCUCGUCCCUCUUUCGGGAAUACAGUUUUUACUACACUAGCUUGUUGAGAAUAAAGAUUUUCUGAAGGGAUUUUGACGGAUGUUUCCUACAUCGAUAAACAUCGAUAAACCGAGUUUCGACAAACACUUUUACUUCGCAUCGAACUGCAUGGCAGAACAGAAUCUUCCUUGUCGUUUUGGCGCACGGUGGCAUCUUGUCGUUUUGGCGCACGGUGGCAUUUGCCGUCGCCGAUGCAACAGUAUUAGUACCCUUGAUGUCGUUCGUCAUCGCAACAAAAUCG